AUGAGUGAUCGCAUGGAUACGGAUUCCGAUUCCGACGGAUUUGCGCCGGUAUUUGUUCGAGGCGACACAGAGACGCACCCCGUUAUCAGUCGUGUCGCAUACAUCAAUAAUCCCUCAUUCGAGUUCUCGCCUCCUGACGGAUACAUCUGCAACAAGUGCCGCGGCGUCCACGCCAUAGCGAUCGGGUGGAGUGCCAUCACGUUGGUCGAGUUAGAGCGAAGUCGAUCGGGAUGUAGAUUCUGCGAUUUUGUGUAUCGCGCGGUCGAGCACCACAGCGACAGCCCUCUCGGAAAUGUAGUUGCCAGCCUUCAAGGUUCACCGGAUCAAGAAAACGUUGGCGUCCGGAUUACCUCUGAGGAAGGUAACCUCAACAUCGCGUAUUCUACGGCAAGCGGGACAGAUCGACCUCCGGAACUUGACCUGUGGGUCUACACGAAUGCGGCAUCUAAGCCAACCGGCGCGGAGACGAAGACGAACAAUAUAGGAGCUAUGCUGCUGGGGAUUCGCCUCGGAGACAUGCCAAAGACAUUUCGAGAUGCGGUCGAGAUAUGUAUCAAACUAAAGAUCAAAUAUCUCUGGAUCGACUCUUUGUGCAUCAUCCAAAAUGACCUGGAUGACUGGAGGGUCGAAGCCGCCAAAAUGGGCCAAUACUACAGAAAUUCCUACGUCACGGUGGCUGCUCACCCAACCCAUGACUGGGAUGGCAAAAUCCAGGCGCAUAUCGAUGGCGGCUGCCACCUUUCCAGAAAAAGGCCUUUCGAGGCGACGGUCCGAGGUAGAGAUGGCCAGGCGUGCAACAUAUUCGCCAGGCAGCUUCACAACCACGGGCAAUUUGUCAAGACGACUCAGGAUGGUAGGUGCAGUGAGUACUUUAAACGUGGGUGGUGCUUCCAAGAGCGCAUGCUAGCGCCACGUAUCAUGCACUUCACGAAGAGCGAGGUUCUCUUUGAGUGUAACACCACGUUGAGCUGCGAGUGUGGCGGGGCCUCGAGAGGGGAGAUUGAGCGAGCCGAGUCUCUCAAAAAGCCAUUUGCGGUAUCGUUAAGAUCCGUCGGCCAGCCGACUAUCAGCCCUGAUGCCUCGAAGGAAGUCCUGCACGCCUACCGCCGUCUCACGGAAGAUUACUGCGAGAAGAGACUGACAAAGUGGACUGAUCUUCUCCCGGCGCUCUCAAGUAUGGCAAGCAUCCUUCAACCAGCUCUCGGGAGCUACUAUGCCGGCCUCUGGGAAGCCGACUUAUAUCUAGGCCUCCAAUGGUCGUCUUCGUGGGGGCUCGGGCCUUGCUCGGAACUCUGCGACAAAUCCCACAGGGAGAAAGAUUGUCCGAAGCGAUGCUACCGCCACGACGAAGCCUCGAAGGAAUCAUUCGGUCACCUUACAGGCGGAUCAUUAACCCUCUUCACUUGCGCUAUCACCAUGACUGGCCCUCUCGAACUUACCUUGGGAGGGUGGGCGAAGAUUUCCGGUGACAAGAUCAGUAGUUGUACCUUCAUCCUCGACGCUAAGCAGGACGAGGCCUUGGCAAGAACGAAACCCGUCGUAUGUAUUGAACUGAUGCGCAGUAGAGCCAUCUACCGCGAAACGAUCCAACCGCGUCGAUUUGUCAACCCACACUACCCGUUUGGAGAGGCAAACUUUGAUGCGGACUAUUGGAAUGAGCAACCCAGGCCCGGAAGACAAAUGGUGAGCAUCGCGGCCAUCGUAGCAGUGGAUCUGGAGGAUGGCACCUUUCAAAGGAUCGGGUUCACUCAUUAUCUGGAGCCACCUUUUCUCCUCGAUCGCAUCGCCAUCCCCGAAGCCAAUCGUGGCAGCAACGCUAUACAUCACGGAACCGAGGGGUCUAAUUCAACGCCCGAGGCAUCUGUAAAAUUUGAGUGCUCAGCACCUGGCUCCUUCGGUUCUGGUGCUGGGAAUACACACUAG